GCGAGGGGUGCGCGCUGGGCUCGGUCUCGCUCUCGCUGCGCCUGCCUGCCUGCGUGCCGCGAUGCCUUCCCGGGCGCCUCUGCUGGCGUGGCUGGUGCUGGCGGGGCUGGGGGCGGCCGGCGGGGCGGCCGGGCGGCGGGAGCGGGCCCCGAAGGCGGCCUCGUGGGAGGAGGUGAACGUGCUGGCGCACGGGCUGCUGCAGCUGGGCCACGGGCUCCGCGAGCACGUCGAGCGGCUGGGCGGGCAGCUGCGGGACCUGAGCGGCCGCUUGGCCGCGCACAACGCUUCGCUGGCCGGGCUGGAGCGCUCGGCGGCCGAGCAGAGGGAGCGGCUGGCCCGAGCCCACAGCCUCUUCGACGGCCGCUUGGCGCGGCUGGAGGCUCGGCUCGACGGGACGGACCGGGCGGGAGCCCAGAACAGCAGCGGCCCCGCGGCGGCGGCGGAACAGGACUCGCUGCAGAACCUGGUCAGGCGCCAGAACGUGAGGAUGGAGGAACUCCUGCAGAAGAUCAAACAGCAGCAAUUUCGGAUGGAGAAACAGAACCUGCAAAUUAAGAGUCUUCAGAGCAAGGUCAACACCCUCAUCCCGUUGCAACGCAGCGAAAAGGAGCCGCAGGGCCCACGGUGGAGAGUGACCGUCCCGCGAAGUGCAGGCGACGGAGCCGCCAAUCAGACCCAGGCGGCCGAAUCGCGGACACUGGAAAGUUCAAAGCUUCCGGCCGGCUGUCACGACCUCUUCCUCGAGGGGCAGCAGAACAGCGGGGUCUUUGAGAUCCAGCCCCCCGGAGCCACGGCUUUCAAAGUCUUCUGCGACAUGGAGGACGGUGGCUGGACUGUGAUCCAGAGGCGCUCGGACGGCUCGGUGGAUUUUGACCGACUCUGGGACGCUUAUAAAGACGGCUUUGGAAAUCUGACAGGAGAUUUCUGGCUAGGCUUGGAGAAGAUGCACCGGAUGGUGAAGGAGGAGCGUUAUCAGCUGCUGGUCGAGCUGCGAGACUGGGAAGGCAACGCUCAGAGAGCCCACUUCCUCUUCCGGCUGGGCGGGGAGGAGACGGCUUACACCCUCAGCCUCCUGGGACCCAUCCGGGGGGAGCUGGAGAGCGCCAUGGGGGAUUUCCCCCAGCUGCCUUUCUCCACGCGGGAUCGCGACCACGAUCUGAAGGGCGACACCAACUGCGCUAAGCACCUCUCAGGAGGCUGGUGGUUCAGCUACUGUGGCCACGUCAACCUGAACGGCAAAUACUUCCGGUCCAUCCCACGGCAGCGGCACGAGAGAAAGCAAGGCAUCUUCUGGAAGACCUGGAGAGGGCGCUACUACCCCCUGCGAUCCGCUGCCAUGAAGAUCCGCCCUGCAGAGCCGGACCGGGUGUCCUAAGCCCCCCCUCCCCCCAAGAGACUGGGCGCAGCCCUGUUCCCGCGAGACGCAGCUGGUCUCCGUCUCUGGAGCCUGGGCAACUGUGCCCCACAGCUGGCAAUUGAUCGGAGGGUCCCGGGAGGGGGGCCUUCCUAUGUAAGGGAGGUGGGUGAACCUGGCCAACUGGGGAAAGAGCGCAUGGGCCUGGGGGAAGGCUGCUGGGUUGUGGGGCCAGAGAAAUUUGGGAGUCUCCCCCUCUCAGCCUCCUGAGAUUGCGGGAACGUCUUUGUGCGCUGAUUUAGUGCCCCUCCAAAUGCAAAACAGCUGUGGCUUCCUCUCUGCCCCCCCCAAAAUAUAUGUGCAAAGGCAUUGAGAUAGCUAUAGGGCUGGGGGAGGCUGGUGAGAUGGGGGGGAGACCACUCCCCCCUGCAAAUGUGACCCCGAGGUAGGAGGGCAUGCAAUGCUGGGGCC